GAAAAGUAGAGGAAAACAGUCGUAAUUGGAUUUGAAAAGUGAAUACUCGCCUUGAGCGUGUGUGAAUUCUUGUAACUUCUGAUGGGUGCGUAUGGUUCGAAAGUGGAAAUUCUAGAAAAGUGCUACUGACACGUGUUUUCGGCAAGUUUCCUCGAGCAGAAGUUGUGUAAGGAUCGUGUGUUGGGGAAACAAGUGACAAUACAUUAGUCAUCGGCAUCGUGGAAAACCAAGCGUCACAUUUCGGUGGCAUCCGAGUGAAUGAAGAAAAAGGAUUACCAGUGGAUUUAAGCUACAGUACAUUUGGAUUAUCUUCACUGGGUGAACUUUUGUUAUGCUCAUGAAGGGAAAACCUUAAAAGGACCAUUGUAGCCGACAGCAGAUAUCAGGAGGACUCGAUAGCAGACUUCACAGAAACACAUUUCCAACCCGGGCUGAGUGACCUCCAAAAUCGAUCUCCUUCAUCAGUAUUGCCUAUUAGAGUUGGUGUGCUGUGCCGGCGGAGGUUUGUGCAACUCAGCACUCAGUCAGUUGUGUAAAAGAAGAACCUUACCAAACAACAAAACAACAGCAAUCUUGACCAAGUGAAGUAGAUAAGUGUUGGUGGAACGAACGGACGGACGGACGGAACGAUAAUAGUGAAGAAAAUCGAUUGAACAACCGCCGCCAGAGCCGGAGAAUUUCCCUUGAGACUCGCGACCCACGAUAGUAGGAGCUUCGUUGUCGUUGGUUGUAGCUACAUAUAAAGCUAAUAAAGCAACAGCGGAAAAAAAACGGAAAAUCCGAUACGCGCUCGUGGAUCUGUUUUUUGUUGUCGGACGAGGAAGUCGAUCUAGUGGGGGUGUCGUCGUGUGGAGGAGCCGAACACCGCCACAACGCGACAGCGAGAGGUGAUUAAUAAAAGUACUUCCCAUGGUUUAGCAACAGCUGGAGGCAGUGAUCGACACAAGAGGUGCUCACUCCAAUGACAGACGGAUCAGAGAAAAGAGAAGAAAUCGAGUGAGGGGAAAAGAAAGUGAAUUAUACCGCCACAAACAAGUAAAAAAUAAACGCAUUCGGCUUUUGGAGCUUUUCGAAGCAGAUGAAGAGCAAUUUUGGGAGCAAGUUGAUUGUGCACCUCAUCAUCAUCAUCAACAUUCCCUUCAACGGCGAGGGCCGCUCAGUCGUCAGGUGCCGUGUGUAUUGAAAACGUGCGUUCGCUGAAUAGUGGCUUGCCAGUAGUCAAGUGUAGCGAGUUAAUUUAAUUUAUUUGGGUUUGAACUUUUUCCCAUUUUAGUCGUUUUUUUUUGCGGGAGAAGCUGCAAAGUGUGAGAUAAGGGCAGACAAGAAAAAAGUGAAACCAUCCAUCUGUUUGCCUUGCUCCUUCCCUCGCACGUUCGAUUCGAUCAGAGUGUGCUGCAGCAUGCCAUGCAGUCUGAGUGAUGUCGUGGGAAAAGAAGCACCAUUCCAAUGAGCGCUGAUUCGAAGUUUGCCCAUUUUAACGGGAAAGGAGAAAAUUUUAAAACAAAUAUUGAAAUUAGCCGGAGAAGAUUAGCCGUGGUUCGAGAGAAGAAAAAAAAAAGCGCAAACUAAUUAAACUGGCUUAAAUCGAUCCGCGCGGAAUAGUCUCGGAGAUUACCGACUCAUCUGAGCCAGAGUUGAUUUGAUUGGUGCUGUGUGAGUGGUGAGAAAUUAGGCCCCUAUUGUGAUUUGAUGUGCUUUUUAGCGGAAACCCGGUGGCAGGUAAAUGACAAGUGAAAGGACGGAUCAAAAGAUUAAUCAGUCUAAUGCUCUCUGGAUGCAUCGCGGCGAGGAAAGUGAAUAGAUAAGCAGCAGUGUGUUGUGGUCGGAAAACAAAUAUAAAUUAGUUGUUUGAUCCGGUGGGAAUUAUCGCGUGCGUGCACCUGUGUGUAUGUGUGUAGAGGUCAGACUGGCGUAUAUGUGAUCGGAACGGUUUUGGUGACGUUGAUUUUGGGGCUUUUCAUUGGCGGCAGCCGUAGCAGCUGGCAGUGAGGUUAGAGCGCAGAGGAGCAGGAGGAGCAGAAACGUGCUGGAGAACUAAUUUGGAUGAAAAUAUGUCAAAGGACCCCACUCAGUCACGGAUACCACGGAUCGGCAGCACCACGAGCAGUAGAAUCCCAGUUCCCGGAUCGAUUCGACCUUUACAAGCACGAUUCCACCAGUCAAAACUAGCGAAACCCUCCUCGAUCCCACCACCGACGACCCCGUUCGCCACUCCAGCCACACCGGCACCGAAUGGCUUCCUGAGGCCUCUCAGGUCUGCAGCGGUCAGCAUCGCCCGAUCCUACUCCGGGGACACACUAUGCGGUGAACUUAGCCCGCUUCCGGCUCUAGCCGCUUCCACUCCGGCCCCGGCGCUGAAGCCCACCAGCGGAUUGGAGUUCUACCGAAAGCUGGAGCUGGCAUCAACCGAAAAUCUGCAUGAUACAUUUGCCGUUGCGUCAUCGCCGUUGUCAUCACUAUCUAAGCGAGGCCCUGCUGCGGUGGAUUACAACGAUGACGGCCUUAUGCUGGUAGACGAAUCGCUGGAGCUGGUCCGUGCCGAUAGCACAGACAAUAUAUUGCUGACAGAACUUCAGAACGGCAGCAUCAACAUGUUGAAACCUGCGUCCAGUAACGAAACCGUGACGCUCAACUGCGACGGAAACGUCACGUAUGAGGUCAAACGUAGCGAAACGUUUGUCAAGUUGUCCCAGGAGUCGCUGAAGCUCGGCGGUAGUCGAGAAUCAUUGAACCGAACGAGGGGAGCGUCAUUGUUUCAGAGUAGCAGCAAAUCGAGUGGCGAAUCGCCGAUUUUUGACAAAACACAUUCUGUUUUGAUUGAUUUGGGAGAUGGUAAAGGAGCAUUCUGUUCGACAAUGGUCUCCGAUCGACCGAUGAACGUCACACAAAACAUUCCAAAUAUUACUGCGGAGAUGGAAGCUUUGCCGCACAUCAAACGGCAAAGUUUACUGUACCAUACUAAUGAAGUGCUCAGCCCGGAUCGGCUAUUAUCUGCGGAGUCGAUGACUCCGCAGCGUCCCACUAGACUGACGUUCAAUCUGAACGAAACUACGAAUCUUUUGCACAUUUCUGACCCGGUGGCGAUAUUGAACAAGACACAAGUUUUCAGUUCAACUAUGCACUCGCCUCUGGCUGUAGGGUCGAUCGAGGAUGUUUUAAACGUAACGAGGGAUAUCCAGGGAUCCAGUUUGGUUGCCGCGAUGCAUUUGGGGGUGCCACUUGACGUCAGUGCCGGAGAUCGAACGUUAACGGCGGAGGAUUUCGAAGGAGGUCGACUGAAGUUAGGUGAAACCAUGAAUAUGGAUGACGGCGGAGCAGUGAGGGAUAUUUUUGAUCUAAGCUUAGAUGAGCCGCCUUCCGUCGGGAGGGAAGAGGUGCCAAUACGGCCCAUUGAAGGGAGAACUUCAAUUCCAGCCAGACAGCGAUUUUCGUUUGGGCUAGAUUUGACGGAAUGUACGUUGGAUUGUUCGAUUGAGCUGUGCGAUUCGUCACUGUCAUCGACCAAACCCCAUAUUAAAUCCCCCGUUUCGACCAGUUUGACGAAGCAAGGCUCGUUCGAAAUGGACGAGAGCUUGGGAAUUUUGACACCGGAUCAGAUGAAGGAAUUUUUAGACUCUACAACUACGAAUACAAACAAUACGAACAAUUUGGAGCUCCAGUUGAAUACCGGUUCCCACAAGCAUGGUCUCCAUCAUUGCCGGAUAGAUCAAACUCCAUCGCCGGAGGAGCUCCCAUUGGACCCGGUGGGCGUCAAAACCGACAUGUCGGACAUUAUUCUACCCUCGGAGAUCCUUUCGAAUGCCGGACCGAUCAUGUACCAGGAAAUAUCGCAAACUGAUUCCGAUUCGAAGACGGAUCAGAUGACGAAAUCUGCCACCUCCAAGGUGUCCAACAGCUUUAUAACGAGCAUCACAAGCAUCACCAGUUUGGACACCGGGUACCAAGGUGAUGGGGAAAUGUCCCGUCCAGCAAGUCGCGGAGCCGACCACUCCCCAUCGAAUGGGCCGAAGAUCAAGAAUCAAGCCGCAGGUGUUUGGAAUGUUCCAGCGGCUCAGCCAGCUCCUGUUCCGCGACGACCGGAUCCGAUGACGGAUAGUGAUUUCUUUACCGAAAGUGAUGCCGAUGAUGUGUUCAACCGGGGAGAUCGAAGGGCGCAGAUAAUCGAUGGCCAACUGUACGGACCGAUGCUGCAGGGGGCUAAUGUAUUCAUAAAUCAACAACCGCAGAAUGAAGAUUCGUGCAUGGAGUCGAGUGGUAUCUUUACGGAUGUGGAAAAUCGCGGGGAGGAUGAUCUCGUGCAUAGAAGGUCCGAGAACGAAGACCAAGUGGAUCGUGAUGAAGCCGAGAAUUCCAUGAACGGGGUAGGUCAACUGGUUGGAGAUAGCGAUAUGAGCCCCGACGUAUCCACUGAUACGAUCAGCAGUAGCAAUACUGCUUGCAGUCAGAAGAAGGUGAUUCCGGCGAACGCGGGGAAGAUCGAAGGCGGUGCUAAUUGUUUACAAUGUGCUUCAAUGGAUCCAUCAGCGAAUGCAAACGCCUCAUCACCUGCACAAGUCGUGGAGAAGAGCUUCGAUGGACCAACGCCGCCGGAGAGUGACGUCACUAAACACGUUGUCACACCUUCGAUAAGUGGUGGCGCCGCUAAUACAACAGCGACGUCGCAGAUCCAACCGUCACCGUCGGUAACCUCUCUAGUGAGCGACGUCGACAGCCGAAACGAUAGCGAAAACAUCGCCGUUGGUAUUGGUGCUAGCAAUAAAGCCGAGAGCGCAACCAACAUCACCAUCGUCCGAGCGGGCCCAAAUGCUAGUAGCAGUACCGACAGUUUGUCUGGCGCGCCCGUCGGUAGUGGAGGUAUUAGCAGCAAUAAUGGUUGCGGCAAAAAGCCCGGCUCCAGUCGUAAACAGCAGAAAAACGAAACCAAUUUGGUGCUGAAAAAACAUGAGAUGUCGUCGCGCGCGGUCAAGUCGCGCCUCUUCAAGGAAAGCCCCGUGUCGAAGGCGUCGCGUAGUGUCGGUGGAAGUGCCCUGAAUCUGGACAUCGAGCAUGAGUGCGAAAAUCAGGAAAACAAGCGUCCCACCAGUGCGAAUCGCGGUGGCUGCGGUGGUGGCCCUCGUGCUAGUGGUAGUGUCGGAAAUUUAAGCUUUACGAAGAAAUCAGCCACCCCGAACAAAUGGGACGCAGUGAUGAGUAAAAUUGCCGAGAAUAAGGCGGUGAUCAAGAAGAAUUUCAGUGAUGUGAAAUCGAAAAUCAGCUGCGGAAAAACGGUCGUGUCGACGUCUUCGUCGUCCCUGGUGGCAGGGCGGCGUCUGGAUUCGCCGGCGUCGCUCAAAAGUCCACCGUCCGAAUGUAGCAGUGUGGGCAAUCGGAGCAUCGGUGCCAUUCCGAUGACCGGUGCCGGUGGGAAGCGGACCAUUUCCGGAUCGGUGAAGCGCAGUCGAACCCACAGCAAAGACAGCCAGCAAAGCUCGCAGAGUGAUCUCAGUCUGACGGGUGGAUCACCGAAGUUGCAGCCGAAAGUUUCCAGCAUACGACCAGCCAAGAAACGAGAUGUGCGCACAAUCAACUCGUCGUCCAGUGAUUUGGGUCCACCGUCGAAAACCGUCGGCAGCAAUGUCAACCCCGUUGGACCCCAGCAGCAGUCGCAGCAUCAGCGAGCCAGUCUUCGAGUGUCGGCCCCGUUGCAGAAACGAAUAUCAUCGCCAGCCAACGUGACGAACGCUUCGAUCGUUCCGGAGCAGCGGAAGGGAUCGCCACCACCGAAGCGCAAUCUCAUCGCAAAACGAACGCUUUCGGCUAUCAGUGCUGGCAGCAAGAACAAUACCACCACCGCCACCAUCAACACCAGCACCACUGCAGUACAUGUGGUGAAAACGCCAUUGAAAGAUCACAACCGCUUAGUUGGCCCAACGCCGAAUGCCAAACAGCAGUCCGGAACAAAUUCCCCGAAAUCGCAAACGAAGACCUUGAUCCGUUCCCUCCCGGCAGUAGCACCACCCACAACGACCACCACGACGCCAUCCUGUCCGAAAAACAACAACAACAAUAACAACAGCAUCACCAGCAAUGGGACGUCACUGAAGAAUGCUGCCAACAUUCAACGCAAUGGUACCAUUAUCCUGGAAAAGACGAGCUCUCCUCUGAUCUUGGGAGGAGAUGCUCGCUGCACCGGACUGGCUCCGGCGGUCGUCAGCGGGGGACAGCAGCCGAAACAGAAGAUUGGCAACGAGACGACAUUGGCACCCGUCGUCGUCGUCGGUGGCGGCGGCGGUGGAAACAAUGUGGAAUCGCUCCGCAACAACAAUUUAGUCGAUAUUAGUUUGCUCAAUCAUGCCAACCGGGGCGUGGAAGCGCUGGGAGUUUUAGUACAAUACUUAGUUUUUAAUCUGGAUGCCUUUUCCUGUCCCAAUAUCAAAAAAUCCCAUCAGAAGACCACCCAUGACCUGCUAGAGACCAAAUCAAUGCUCAAUGAGGAGCGCAGCACGUGCCAGUCGCUCAAGCAGCAGCUGCUGGAGAACACCGAACGGGAGGCAGAACUUCAGGAACUGCACCGAUGUGAACUUAGUAAAGUGGAAGCCUGUCUCAGCGAGCAGCAACGCUCGGCUGCCGAUCGGACCACAGCCCUGCAGGCGGAACUGCUCCGAAAGGAGCUGGAAGCGGACGAUAAGCUACGAUCCGCUACGGAACAAUACGAAUCCCGUCUGGCCGAGCGGGAAGCGGAGCUCAAGCAGUCGCAUAUGCGCGAACAGGACCUGCUCCAGCGAAUAAACGCCCUCAGCUGCACGGAGAAUGAGCUCCGCGAGAAGGUGCACUCCAGCGAGCUGGACUAUAGCGAGCGCCUUCAGGCCGCAGCAUUGCGCGAACGUGACCUUACCGAACAGCUAAAACAUCUCAAUCGGCAGAUGGCGGAAGUGCGCCGAACAACGGACGCUCGGCAGCAGGAGCUAGAGGAGAAAGUUAGCCUCACACAGGACGAGUGUAACGUGCUGCGGCACCAUGGUCGGGCUUCGUUGGAACCAUCGUCGCCACAAGAAGACCGAGAGACGUCGCGAUAUUCUCUGCGUGGAGGAUCCACUGUUGCUGCGGAGCUUUCGUUCACCGGGGUUCCGCUGCAGACGAACCGGUCGUCGGGAAAUCUCAGCCCGGCACAGGUGCUGCAGGACGAGGUGAACAGCCUGCGGUGCGUGCUGGACCUGAAGCAGCGGGAGAUUUCCGAUUUGAGAAAGCUGACACAGGAAUACGAACGCGAUGCGAAGGAUCUACCGGGAGCGUUGGUGAAGAUCUCCGCUCUGGAGUCGAGGAUCGAGGAUCUCCAGGUGCAGCUCAAGACCAAAACCGAGGAGGAAAAGGAUCUCCAGCAGAAGCUGAAGCUACUCCAGGACAACCUGAAGCAGGAAACCAAAUCCAAGAGCCGCCUGUCCCAGCACAACGAGGAACUCCAGUGGAAGCUGAAGCAGAACUCCGAAAAAUUCUCCCACGUGUACGCCGAGCUGUCCAAGAGCUACCACGAGAAUUCCAGCUUCAUGAACGCAACGCGCCUUAGCUUGGACCAAACGGCGACCAGCACCAUCGCCCACUACCAGCUGAACCACAGCCGAUCCAGCGGUGGCUCGGAACGGGUAUUCGAGAUGGACGACCUAUCGCCGCCGACUUCCCCCGUCAUCAAGGGGGUGGUCGAAAAGAGCGACUCGGUGUCCUGGGUACUGGAAAUGGACGACGAACCGCCGGAGAUUACGGCCUCUCGGAUGGUUCGCCGGGCAGGAUCGUUUCGAUCUUCGAUCGGUACCGGCAGUCAGGAUGUCAAGCGACAGCGAUGUUUCAACAAUCCAAUCAACGGGAUUCAACAGUCCAGCUCGGUAGGAUCGAUUCUGAAGCAGCAGGAUGUUUCACCGGCCAAGACGAUGGGAGGACCACCUGGUACUCCGAGACUGAGAUCCAAGUCGGUUAGCAUUAAGGCGGCAACCGAACCACCAAAGAAGAUUGUCCGCUCGAACUCCGGUGCUUCAUCGUCGGCGGUUUCCAAGCCCAUCCGGAUGGCGGAGAUGCCACUCUCGUGGAAGGAACCGCCGCUGUACAGUAGCUCACCGUACGCUCACAAGAGGUUUCUGAACGAACGGCUGGAGAACGGCGGGGCCAGUAAGUCGUUUCGGGAGGGGAAGGAUUUAUUUCUAGAAGAGACGGAAUUUCUAGGGGACAUGGGAGGCGAAAGCCCGUUCAGCAGGAGCCGAGUGGGAUCGUUCGGGGAGGUUUCCGCGGAGGGAGCUUCAGAGCAACCGGCAGAGUUUUUUCAUCGAGACAAGACCCCAAACUUUAAGAAAAGCAAAGAGAACCGUGGUCUAAUAACAUGUGAUACGACAGCGCUGACCGAGUCCGGGGGUGACACGCCAGCGCUCAAGAAACGACGUGAAUUCGCACGCAAAAAUCUUGCCGGGAAGAGUAGCUCGUUACCAAAGGAAGCGGCCGGAGAGGCGUUGGUAUCCGGUUCGAACUCGGACGAUGAGGCAUCGUCCUCGUCUUGUCUGUCGGAUGACCUCUCGUCCGGGGGAAGCAGCACUAGUAGCAGCAGCAACAGCAGUAGCGGUUCUUCCAGCACUGGAGGAGCGUCGUCUCCCUCCCGAUCGUCGGGCGAUGGGAGGGAGGCUCUGGUAGAACUGGAAGAAAGCGAGCAAGUGUGCGGUGCUGCCAGUGGUUCCGGAGGCGAUCGACGGCGGCGACGUUCGUCCACCAUUUCCAUCGAGGAUGCACUGAUGCAGAAAAUCGUAGCUAGUCUGAACGGAACCAUUGCCAACGAGGGCAACGAGACGCCCAUGGAGGUCAGCUGGUCCGAGGACGGGGAUCCGACCGAGUCGAUCGUAUGACAAGACGAUGAUAGCUUUUAAAUGUUACGGAAGAGGAAAGAUGAAAACUCGUUUCUGUUGAGUCCAAAUGCUGCUGACGACUUCAAUGGCUCGAAAAUCGGCGAAGAUCCUGAUUUUUUACGAUAGGUUCUGUUUUUUUUUUACAUAGUUAGUCAGGUUAUUCAGUUGUUAAAUGUAUAAUUUGCUGUAUUUAUAUGUGAAAGUCAGUAAAGGAAUGGUUUGGGUCGAGCAGAGGGAGAGAAGGAUUUGAGUUUCGAAUGAGAAUGAAAGUUUGGUUCUUUGUUUUUUUUUCAGUUUGUUCAUUUUUAACGAGUAUUUGUUCGAUGGCAUGUUUGAGUUUGUGUUUAAAAUCCAACUAAUGGAAGCAGCAGAUAAUAAUCAAUACUUGAAACAGUCAGUCACAGAGAGAAAGAGAAAGAGAAAAGAAGAAGGUUUAGUAAUUUGGUGUCCUUGUAACUAUUAGUCGAUAUAAGACAGAGGAGAAAGAAGGAAGGAUGUGUUAUUAGAAGAGUAAGUAAUUUUGGUCGACCUUCUGAUCGGAAAGUCGGCGUUCGAAAAUAAUACAAGAAAUGCAAGAACUCGCGAAAGCGAAGCAGAAAUUGUCCUUUGGCAGAAGAAAUAUUUAAUUGUUACUAGACUUAUAAGCAAGAGAGAUUUAAUGCAGAAUGUAAAAACUCGUCGAAAAUAAUAAAAAUCAAAAAGCUUCUAGCAAUUUGACCCCAUUUGUGUAUAAAACUAUAAUAAUCUUUAAGACAAGCAACCGAGAGAUGAUUUGUGAAGAAGGCACCGCGGAAAAUUUUGGACCAGACAUUGAUCCCUUCGAUUACGAAUGAUUGAAAACGAAAAAAAAAACAAAACAGAAUUGGUGCUCAUUUGGAAAUUGCGCAUUCGCUGCGGCAUUCAAAGUGCUGUCGCCGAACAGUUUGUCACAUAUUGUGUAGUAGUUUGUAGUGGAAGUUUACUAAAAAAAUAAAAUACACAAUAAAGGAUUAUGCUUAACCCAAUUUGGAAUCUUUGGAUGAGGAAUAAUCAAACUACAUUUUUAAUUAGAGCAGGAGUCGUUCGAGACGAGCUAACUCUGUAGGUACGUGAGACUAUAUUGGAACCAAUUUGUAGCGUUUUAUCUAACUACCAGAAAUACUUUUCCAUUUACAUUACACAGCAGAGAGAAUGUUUAUUUUUUGUUUCAACCUUAUUCUCAGAUUGCUAUCAAUGUUCAAAAUAAUACCGAGUUGAUGACUUAAUGCAACUGCCUUGCAAUGGCUUUAAUCAUUUUUUUUUACCACCAGCAAAGAGGCAGUGAGAAUGGCAACUCGUUGCAAAUUUUGUUCUUCAGUUCGAUGAGAGACGGAACUUGUGAAAAUGAAAGAUGGAAACUAGCAAAGAGCAGGUUGAAGGGAGAAAUGAUUUGUUUAUUUACAAAAAAAAAACUAGUAGAUCUAAAAAUACAGCAGCAGCAGCGGCUCUGAUGUACGAUAUUAUCGCAUUGAAAAUGAUGAAGAGAAGCUGAACGUAAUACAGAGAUACACACAUACACAUUCAACUAGCAGUUUAUGCAAACAGAAAUGAAAUUUAAGAGAAAUAAUUGAAAACAGUGACACACAAUAAACUGAAAAUAUGGACAUAUUAA